AUGUUUCUGAAAACAUUGUGUUUGCUCUUGAUACUUGCUCAAGCACAAUGCAUGUGUCCUAAUGGUUUUGAAGAAUCUGUUCUCGGUGAUUGUUUCCAAAUAAUAUCCACACCCAAAAAUUGGGCAGACGCUGAAUCUUACUGUAAGGGUAUCGGAGGACACUUAGCAUCAGUUCAUAAUGGGUUCGAGGGAGCAGUUCUAAAUGUGAUGGCUAAGAAUCAGAGCUGCUUAUAUACGUAUCUUGGUGGCAGUUGUACUGGAAAAACAUGCUCUUGGGUAGAUGGAUCUAAAUUUGAUUAUAAUGAGGUACCUUCAGGCCAAACAUCCACUUCUCAACAAUAUUUGGUUUUCGCAACGAAUGCAUCCAAUUGGUAUUUGCGAAGUGGGAAUGAAGCUUACUGCUUUGCUUGUGAACAUCCUGCUCAGAAAACAGAUUGCCUUGAUUGGAAAUAUGCUGGAAAUUUAAGCAGUGGGAUUUAUCCGAUCACUCUCCAAAAUAAUACUUACGAAGUAUAUUGCGAUAUGGAAACUGAUGGAGGUGGAUGGACAGUCAUUCAAAGGCGUUUCGAUGGUAGUGAAGUAUUUUGGAACCGUAAAUGGAAUGAGUUUAAAGCUGGAUUUGGAGGAAAAGGACUUCCGAACACUAAUUACUGGGCCGGUAAUGAAGUUAUUCAUAUGCUGACAACGAAAACACAAACAAAUCUUCGAAUUGAGAUGCAUGACGAUGGAACCCCUAAUUCAGCUUAUUCUCACGAUUUUUGGUUUAAUGAGUAUGACUCAUUUGAGGUGACCAAUGAAGCUGACUCAUAUAGACUCAAAAUAUCAAUUGACUGGCAGAAUGUGAAAGGAAAUGCAUCUGAUGGAUGGUACGAUUUGACUUAUUCCAAUUUGUCUCCUUUCUCCACAGUUGAUCGUAUCAAUGAUCCACGCCCAGAUUGCGUCACUAAAUAUCAAAUGGGUGGAUGGUGGCUUUACAACUGUGCUUUAAGUUCUCUUAAUGGAGCAUACACCCCAAUUGAUUGGUCAAAUGGAUAUGGUCUUUUUUGGAUUGUGGAUGGUUCUGAUCUAGUCAUCCACCCACGUAAAACAUUAAUGAUGAUUAGAAGAACUGUAUGA